ACCGCCCACAUUGUUCCUGUUCCUGAGAUUCACUUAGUUUGUACUUACCUUCCAAUCGUACGUCCAUGGUGAUUUGAAAUAAGGCUACAUUCCCCGCAAAAAGAACUUGACGGUCUUUCGCGCCGCGACUCUUAUAUAUUACUGCGCCUUCAUUAUUUGAGGCUGGUCCCUACACGAUGUCGCAAAGAAAUUCGUGGAAGGAUUACGGAAAAAAGGGCUUCGGCUUCGGGAAGAAGGGGUUUGACAAGGCCUGGCAGGCUUUGGAUAAGCUAGGCGCUCCCGUGAAUCGGCUCUCGAACCGAGUGGGCGCAGAGGCAUUUUGGCCUACUACGCUCGAUAAAGAGAGCGACAAGGCCGCUCGUAUUCUAAGAAGCUUCUGCAAAGAUGGGUUUUAUGAUCAGAUCGAUGCCGAUGCCGCAGCCAAAGCUGCGCAGGAGAAGGAGGUUAUCGAAGGGAAACAAAAAAUCGAUAAACCGAUAGGUAAGCAACGGGUAUUAGUAAAAAUCCCGACGGAAGUGAUCAAGAAAGCAAAGGGUAUCGCCAUAUUCACAACCAUGCGCACUGGUCUUUGGUUCAGUGGUGCUGGUGGCAGUGGAGUCCUGUUGGCUCGCGUACCAGAGACUGGCGAAUGGAGUCCGCCUUCUGGUAUAUUAUUGCACACCGCUGCUAUCGGGUUCCUGGUUGGUGUCGAUAUCUACGAUUGUGUCGUUAUAAUCAAUACAUAUGAGGCUCUCGAAGGGUUCAAGAAACUACGAGCGACACUUGGUGGAGAACUCAGCGCAACAGCUGGUCCCGUUGGAGCCGGAGGCAUCCUCGAUAGCGAAGUGCACAAACGACAAGCACCAAUCUGGACCUACAUGAAGAGUCGAGGUCUUUACGCAGGUGUACAGGUUGACGGAACGAUUAUUGUUGAAAGGACAGAUGAGAAUGCUCGUUUCUACGGACGGAAAAUAUCAGCACAUGAGAUUUUGGCCGGCAAGAUUACACAUCCACCUGAUUCCAUUCGAACUCUAAUGCGGACACUCAAGGCUGCGCAAGGCGAUCAGGACGUGAGCGAAAGCGAGUUACCACCCGCUGGAGAGGCCCCUGCUGAUCACAUCAUCAUCCACGAGAACGAGUCUGGUUUUGGUGUACCGGCUGCCGAUGAUCCUGACCCAUACGGAGUACAUGCUUUGGAAGAGCAAGGCAUGUUCAUACGUGAAGCGGGAACGCACAACCGGCCAAGUCAAGAGGUCUUUGAAUUCCGCCCUAGUCCUUCAAGUCCAAUUUAUAACUCAUUUGUUAGACAAAGCAUUGAUUCGUCACCGCGACAGAGUUGGCGAGCCAAAGAUACCCCCCCGGCCCAGCCGCCUCGUUCAGCCAGUGUUGCUUCGUCUCGCAGUCUUCGAGAUACUGCAGAAUCGCCCAUUGAGAAUCCUUGGGACACACCUGAUACUUCGGAAGAUCAUGAUGUUCAAUCUGAUAGCAAUGAUUUUGAAAUUCACGAUGCAAGCAACGCCACAGUUGCUAAAUCUGAGCGUCCCCAGUCAGUGCUCUCUAAUCCAUCAGACGAGAGCUCUUCAGCUGCGAACUUCUCGCGGCCUCGACUAGUCACAAUUCCCAAACGAAUUCCACCUGCCCUUCCUCCUCGAAACCCUGUCCGCAGACGUGGAUCGCAAUCCACUCAGGGUUCGGUCGUCGCUGGCCCUACGUCUCCCUCUAACUCCACACAUGGGGAAGCUCCAGCGGCCAUUGACUCCUCUGCUAACGGCGAUAAGCAUGAUCUUAAAGAGGUAGUACGGGAAGAUUCCAAAGAAGUGCAUGUUUCUCCUGAACCGGCGGUUGACGAGGAGAUCCCAGCUGUGGAAAAGGAUGAAUUUCAUUCAACAUCAACAUCACCUACGGAGGAGCUUAAAAGUCUAGAAUUUAACGAAGCCAAGCACGAAAUCAAGGAUCAGGUGAAAGAGGAUGCUAAAGAAGAAGCUAAGGAAUCGAAUGCAGAAGCGGAAAAGACGACAUGA